AGCGUGGGGCGCGGGCGGCGCGGACGGCGGCGCAGGUGGGCGCAGGAUGUGUGACCGCAACGGCGGGCGGCGGCUCCGGCAGUGGCUGAUCGAGCAGAUCGACAGCGGCAUGUACCCGGGGCUGAUCUGGGAGAAUGAUGAAAAGAGCAUGUUCCGGAUCCCGUGGAAACACGCUGGCAAGCAGGACUACAACCAGGAGGUGGAUGCCUCCAUCUUCAAGGCCUGGGCAGUCUUUAAAGGGAAGUUUAAGGAAGGAGACAAAGCUGAACCAGCCACUUGGAAGACGAGGCUACGCUGUGCCUUGAACAAGAGCCCAGAUUUUGAGGAAGUGACAGACCGGUCCCAGCUGGACAUUUCCGAGCCAUACAAAGUUUACCGCAUCGUCCCCGAGGAAGAGCAAAAAUACAAGCUCGGCGUGACGACUCCCGGCUGUGUGAACGAGGUCACGGAGAUGGAGUGUGGGCGCUCUGAAAUCGAUGAGCUGAUCAAGGAGCCCUCCGUGGACGACUACAUGGGGAUUGUGAAGAGGAGCCCGUCCCCCCCGGAGGCCUGCCGGAACCCGCUCCUCCAGGACUGGUGGACACAGCAGCCCAGCGCAGGCUUGCCGCUGGUGGCGGGGUACGCGGCCUACGACCCGCACCAUUCAGCCUUCUCCCAGAUGGUCAUCACCUUCUACUAUGGGGGCAAGCUGGUGGGCCAGACCACCACCACCUGCCCCGAGGGCUGCCGCCUGUCCCCCAGUCAGCCAGGCCUGCCCAGUGGCAAGCUGCUGGGGUCUGAGGGCCUGGAGCUGGUGCGCUUCCCGCCGGCUGACACCAUCCCCAGCGAGCGGCAGAGGCAGGUGACGCGGAAGCUGUUCGGGCACCUGGAGCGUGGGGUGCUGCUGCACAGCAGCCGGCAGGGCGUGCUGAUCAAGCGGCUGUGCCAGGGCCGCGUGUUCUGCAGCGGUAACGCCGUGGUGUGCAGGGACCGGCCUAACAAGCUGGAGCGGGACGAGGUGGCCAAGGUCUUCGACACCAACCAGUUCCUCCGAGAGCUCCAGCAGUUCUACAGCAGCCAGGGCCGGCUCCCUGACAGCAGGGUGGUGCUGUGCUUCGGGGAAGAGUUUCCAGACAUGACUCCUUUGCGCUCCAAGCUCAUCCUCGUGCAGGUGGAGCAGCUGUACGUGCGGCAGCUGGUGGAAGAAGCUGGAAAGGGCUGCGGGGCCGGCGCCCUCCUGCAGUCCGAGGAGCUCCAGGCAGACCAGGUCUUCCGGGUGUUCCCCGACGUCUGCGCCUCACACCAGAGACCCUUCUUCAGAGAAAACCAACAGAUCACAGUCUAAGAGCCUCAGGCACCCUCCCUGCCGGCGUCUCGCGUGCUUCAUCACAGUCACUGUUGCAAUGGCUUCCGGGCGCGGCCCCCUCCUGCCUGGGCCGGUGCCUUCCUCUGCUCUCGAUGUCGGAAGGGCAGCUCCGAGCACCUGACUUCAGAAGCAAGGGGUACGCUUCUGCCGUGGACAUGCAAAUGCACACCAGCCCGUCUGACCGCUGGCAGGAUCACCCCAGAGGAAAGGUCCAUUUCGAGCAUUUCCCCAAGUUACGGUCCAUCCCUGUGUUGCUGUCAGCGCUCUGGGGUCAUUGAGACUUCCAGAGACUCAGCGUUCAAUGUUGCUAGCAAGCUGCUGCUUCCCGUACAGAGACGUGGGGUCUAUUAUCGAGUUGUGGGCCCAGAGCUGGUUUAGCUGUGGGCCUGUUAGCUGUGGGCCUGUCGAUUGAUGCAAAAUGCCUUUCUAUCUUGAAACAUGUUAAUGAGAGUUAAGACGACCUAAGAGCCCAGCUCCCUUGUGUCCGUGGAAGCAGAAGUCCUGCCUUGUUGGAAGGAUGGGUGCCCAGCGCCGGGGAACAGCCCGUGGCCAGGCGAGCUGGCGCCAUUUCGUGUCAGAUGCUGAAAACAUCCCCUCUGGCUUCGCUGCCGGGAAACUUAGAGGAAAAUGGGACUGUUUUCAUUUCAGUUAUUAAAUUGCCAGCGAGACCUCUCUUUUCUUUUUAAUUUUGAAUCUUAUAGAAAUAUUUGUACUUUAAUUAUUCUAUCGUAAACUGCUUGAAAUCUCUUGAUUUUUAAAGUGGGCAGGAUAUAAACCACAAGUGACAAGAAAUAGCUGUGACUGUGCGGGCAUUUGGGUGAUUCUUGCGUCCAGCCAGCCCGUCCUGCCGCCGGGCGUGUUGAGUUGUGGGCGGGGGCGGCGGACUGGGGAGUGGGGUGAGUCAUGCUGGCUUCUGUCGACCCCUGGGCCUGGGGUGGAUGGUGGCAGGGAGAAUGGUUCCCCUCAGACUCCUUGGGACUCCUCAGCUUUAGGGUGGCCCCACCCCACACCGCACUGCCUGGCCCAGCAGAGAGCGGGAUUCCCUGGGGGGCGGUCCCUGGAGAAGCCCCAUGAUCAUCCGGCAGGAACUUACCCCUUUACUAGCAUGUCAGUGUGCGGCUCCUGCCACGAGGGGUUUACCCUAAAUUGUGACACUGAUCAAAGACAGCCGGUAGGAGACGAGGAGGGAGUUCACUUGUAAGGGCCGGGCAGACCCCCAUCCCACAGGCCUCCCAGUGGGGCGCAGUCACCUCCAGACCAUUUUACCAUCACUUCCAUGGUUGAAAAGCACUUGAACAUUUUUUUUCUGAGAAAAACCUGUAUUUGUUGUAAUGGGGUGACUCUUAUUCAAGUCUGUGCACCCUGGUGAUGCCCAGAGACUCCCAGACUGGCAGCGUGUGUGUGUCCACUGCCUUGGGGGUCCCCCUCCCCGCCUGUGCUGGGCCUGUUGAUUUGGCUGUGCCAGUCGGUGUAGACAUCAGGUGGAUUUGGGGUCUGGAGAAGGGCCUGCUGUAUCCUGGGGAGGGGCGGGGGCGUCUUUUCUCUUUCUAACCCAGCCUGCUCACCACCACCCCUACUUGGAGUCUCACACGCAAGGACAGGCAGGGGCUUCGCCUGGCCACCAUCACCCUGUGAGGAGGGAGCCAGGCUGGGGACUUGGGGGCUAAGCUUGCCCCAGCUCAGCCAACCUGGCAUCUUAGAAACCCUGAGUGUCUGAACGAACACCAGAAAUGCCUGCGGGGCCCACUCAUUCUCCCUGUCGCUACUGCUGCUGCUGCUGCUGCUGCUGCGCGCUGAUGUAGGCACAGCCCCGGGACUGCCUCACAAGGUGCCUCCCCAAGUGCUUGGACUCGCGGGGACUCGGGAAACUCCAGCCACAGCGGCCGUUUCCUUGGGCCCACGAAGCAGGCGGUACAUUUAAAGGACACAAGACCUGUCUUCUGAAAUUCUCGUCUCCUGCUCAAAUGGCUCUAAGGCAUACGUCUUUCAUAUGAUCAAUGAAUAUUUAUUUUUGUAUCCACUGGAAAGAUAUAUCAAUCUUUUUAUUCUUUGUUAAAAUAAAUGCCUUUUUAAAGAUUUAUUUAUUUAUGCAUAUAAGAGCUGGGGUGCAGGCCAGAGGCACAGGGGGUAAGAAGAUUCCCCAGAGACAGAGUGGGAAGCAAAACAGGUGGAUCCACUGAAAUCCGCUGCUGAGGGGAGCAGUGGGGAGACAGGAGAGGUCUGCUGCAUCCUGUGGGUCAGCUCCCUGGCCGGGGAUCGAACUCGUGCUGCAGUGGCUGCGCAGAGCUUCAUAGUGCUGUGACUUAACCCCUUGCGCCACCGGAGAGGCCCCAAAAUA